GUGCGGGUAUUGUUCGCGAAGAACUGUCAGUUCCCUUCGAUUUGCUUGAGCGUCGUGCGCGAUAAGGCAAAGGGCGCGACAAUCGCGAGGGGCCGAUACAAACGUAGUACGGGGAAGUUUGCUUUGCUCAUUAUCGGUGACCGUAAAGCGAUAAUCCGCGUGUGCGGGCGCCGGCGGCGUCGCGUCAGUGCGGUCGCGUUGCCCCUACCCGCCGCGCCCGCGCGCGUCUUCCUCGCGAAACGAUCAAUAAGGAACAAUGGAUCGCCGGGGCGGCCGCGGCCGGCGGUCCAGAGCCUCCAGUGUUUGACCGCGAGUGUGUGUAACAGUGGGCAUGUCAUCGUUCAGUUUCCCGCCGGAGAGCUACUCGGCGGUGUACGAUGGGAAGAGCGAAGCUAACGGCACAGCAACCAUCGUUGAGGUCCUCGAAGAGUCGAGUCCGACUUCAGCGCGAUCCAGUUCUACUUCACUCUUCAGCUGCUUUCACUGUGCGAUCCCGAAACAAAUCAAAGGCAUACGCAAACAGAAAAACGAAGCCGAAUAUAAGGUAGCUGUGCCUGGCAAAGAUGAAGACCGCUGGCGUGGCAAGGAGGACGGCGCGCUGUUCAAGCGCUGGCGCCGCUCCUCGCCUGAAGCCGCGCCUCCUGUCGCCCCCGCACAGCCAUCGGAGCUCCUCAAGUUUCUGGCUAUUAACGCGCUCGAGCUAUCAGCCCCGGCAUCAGACGCUUUGCUGAAGUCCCGUUCCUCGGAAUGGUUCCAGCUGGCGGGGCACCCCGGGUCGCUGGCGCCCGCCGGGCCCGGCACGGUGUGGAAGCGGCGCUCGCCCGGCGACCACCCGCACCACAACCCCGAGCGCGACGCCUACGAGGCGCUCGCCGCCUGCCCGCACAUGCGCGCCGCCAUCCCGCGCUACUACCGCGAGCUCGAGUACGGCGGCGAGAGUUUCAUCGAGCUCCAGGACCUCCUGCACGGCUUCCGCGACCCCCACGUCAUGGACGUCAAGAUGGGAACCCGCACCUUCCUCGAGGACGAGGUCAGCAACGCAAGGGCCCGCGCCGACCUUUACGAGAAAAUGGUCCGCCUGGACCCCAACGCGCCCACCGAGGCGGAGCACGCGGCGCGCGCCGUCACCAAGCUGCGCUACAUGCAGUUCCGCGAGCAGCGCUCCUCCUCCGCCGAACAGGGUUUCCGCAUCGAAGCCGUCAAGCUCCCGGGCGAACCGCCCCUCACGGACCUGCAAAACGUGCGCGAGCCCGACCAGGUGGCGGCCACCGUGGCGCGGUUCCUGGGCAAGAACGACCGCGCUCGACGCGCCAUCGCUUCUCGCCUCCGUGAAAUCAGAGACCUGUUUGAACGCUCAGAUUUCUUCAAGAAACAUGAGAUCGUCGGAAGCAGCAUUUUCAUUAUUUAUGACGAGGAACGCGCCGGAGCGUGGUUGAUCGACUUCGCUAAGACUAGAAGCGUGCCCGAAGGCGCGGAAGUGACCCACCGCGCGCCUUGGGAGCAAGGCAACCACGAGGAAGGCUUUCUUUACGGAUUGGAUAGACUGAUAGACAUAAUAGAGACGGCCGACUUGCCGGCGCGCGACGACGCGGCGGCGGAGCCCGACGUGUCUCGUUGAACGGCCGGCGGGAGGACCCUGGACUCGCCUCGCGACGACAGUCGCUCGCUCACAUGAGCCCGCGUGCCGCGUUCCAAGCGCUCGAGGUGCCACAAGGAGGAGCACACAAAACUAUAUGCUAUUUGUGAAUAUGAGAGAAUUGCGAUUUAUACUUCAUCCAGUCCGUUUUGUAUGGAUAUAAAAAAGCUUAUCUUUUAAA